AUGUCUCUUGCAUCCAGAGUCGCUCCCAGGAUCGUAUCCUCCCAACGAACAGGCGCCUUCCUGCGACGAUCGAAAGCGUGUCAGGCACGAUUUUGCCAAAGCGGCGGCAAAAGAGCGUUCCAGCAGCACGCCGCCCAAGAACUCGCAAAACCCAUGAACCCCGAGCCCAGACACAACCCGACCCACGACCAGCCGCCCAAAGACUUCAACGUCGGCCAAAAGACGUUUGCCGACUUUGAUCUCAAAGAAAGGGUCUUCAUCGUCACGGGCGGAUCAAGCGGGCUCGGUCUGGAGCUGGCAGAGGCCGUCAGGGAAGCCGGAGGCAUAGUCUACUGCCUAGACGUAUCUCCGGAGCCCAGCGCCGAGUUCAUUGAAGCCCAGAAACGCAGCAGCACGCCGAGCCCGAGCGCCGGCUCGCUGACGUAUCGACAGCAAGACGUCGCCGACACGGAGGGCCUCGACCGGCAGAUCGCGUCCAUCGCCUCGACGCACGCGCGGCUCGACGGCGUCGUGGCGGCGGCGGGGAUCCAGCAGAUCAUGCCGGCGGCCGAGUACACGAUCGAGGACCUCAACCGCAUCAUGGCGGUCAACUACGCAGGCGUCUUCAUGACGGCGACGGCGGCGGCGCGGCAGAUGUUCAAGCACAAGUGCCACGGCAGCAUGGUCUUCAUCGCCAGCAUGUCCCGGGCCGCCGUGCUGCAGCUCGCGCGCAACCUCGCCAUGGAGUGGAGUCCGACGAGGGAGGACGGCAGCGGCGGCAUACGCGUCAACUGCAUCAGCCCCGGCCACAUCUUGACGCCCAUGGUGCAGAAGAACUUUGAGGAGGUCCCGGGACUCAGGGAAAAGUGGGAGUCGGAGAACACGAUGGGCCGCCUGGCUGAGACGCGCGAGUUUAAGGGGGCUGCCCUGUUCCUGCUCAGCAACGCGAGCAGCUUCAUGACGGGCAGCAACCUCAUCAUGGAUGGAGGUCACACGGCGUGGUGA